AUGCGCCCGUGGACUUUCGAGGCGCACAUCCCCCGCACCGUGUUCGGGCAGGGAACGCUCUCCAAGAUUCCCGAGGAGGUUGAGAAGCUCGGCGGAAAGAGCGUGCUCAUCGUCACUGAGGACACGGACCGGCAGAUUGCGCUUGCGGAGCGUAUUGGCAACGACCUCGGCAAGGACCGCGUGGCUGGUGUGUGCACCGAUGCUGUCAUGCACACCCCCGAGGACGUAACGAACAAGGCGCUCGAGCAGCUCAAGGCAUCCAAGGCGGACUGCUUGGUCUCUGUCGGCGGCGGAUCCACCGUCGGUCUAGGCAAGGCUCUUGCCAUCCGCACUGGCAUCCCCCACAUCGCCGUGCCCACAACUUACGCUGGGUCGGAGGCGACGCCCAUCCUCGGCGAGACGGUGAACAAGCUUAAGACGACUCGCUCCGACCCCAAGAUCCUUCCCAACACUAUCGUCUACGACGUGGACCUGACGCUUUCCCUCCCGGCCCAGUUGACGUACACGUCCGGUAUGAAUGCGAUCGCGCACUGCGUCGAGGCGCUCUACUCGCCCACCAUCAACCCGAUUAUCGAGGGUGUUGCAAUUUCAGGCAUCACCAACCUCUACCACGCCCUGUUGAAGCUCAAGGACGCCCCGAACGACAUUGAUGCCCGCGCACAGGCACAGCAGGGAGCGUACGCGGCUGGCGUAUGUCUCGGACACGUGGGUAUGGCCAUCCACCACAAGCUAUGCCACACCCUGGGUGGGACCUUCAACCUGCCGCACGCGCAGACGCACACCGUUGUCCUGCCCCACGCCAUGGCGUAUAACAUGGAAGCCGCUCCUGUGGCCAUGAACCAGAUUGCCAAGGCUAUCGGGACCGAUGGAUCGCCAGCCCAGGCACUGUGGGAGCUCGAGAAGGCUCUCGGGACUGUCCAGAGCCUCGAAUCGCUCGGACUCAAGAAAGAGGACCUUGAGGUCGCUGCCGACCUCGCUGCAAAGGCCCAGUACCCUAACCCGGCGCCGCUUGAGCGUGGCAAGCUCCUCGCACUCCUCGAGAACGCGUUCUACGGUCGCCCGCCGUCUGCGUAG